CUUAGAGUUAGAGAGAAACGGGAGGCAAUCACUCACUGGACCGAUUGGUUAAAAAGAUCAAAACAAAACUGAAAGAGUUUAUUAUCCUCAUUUAACUACUCCAAAAAGGAAAGACUUCUCCUUUUUCAAGUUAUUAAAUUUGAACGGGAUCGAUUAGAUUCUUCUUUUCUUAGUUUCUGGGUUUUGUCUGAAAUCAGAUGAUGAUGGAUGUUGAUAAACGUCCCCAAGAUAUUUCUCCAGCUAUAAUGGAUGGUGAGAUCACAGGAGAGGAGAUAUCACCCAGCCAACACGAAAGAUGGAGAUGCCUUGUGUUAGAUAUAGAGCUGAGAGCACAAGAAGACUCUCAUGGCUCAAAAAGGUUCAACUUCUCUCCCAUGGCAAGUCCUAGAAUCGGUCCUUCCUCUUCUUCAAGAAGAAGAACCAAUCUCAAGAACGUCUUUACCUUCAGAAAGAACAACAAUGCAGAUAUUGAGGAAGGUUCAGCUCUGGUCUCCAACAUCCCAAGAACAUGGUCUCUCACUAACCUCUUAACCCUUAAAAAAUCCAACAAGACAGAGUCUUUACCAGUAACCCCGUUGGUUCACUCCAAUCCUGAGUCAAUGCACGGAAGCUACACCGUCGAUGAUGAUCAAGUCAGAGAGCAUACACUGCCUAUUCGCCGUUCACGUUCUGUCCCUACACUCAUUGAUAAAGAUGGAAAUGCGAAGCCCUUAGGGCUUCUCCGUGUGAUUCCUACUCCAUCUCGGCUAGAUACUAAGACAAGUAAUGAUCAUGAUGGGGGAGAAGAUGUUCCGGAAGAGGAAGCUGUGUGCAGGAUCUGUAUGGUUGAGCUGGGAGAAGACUCAGAAGCUUUCAAGAUGGAGUGCAUGUGCAAAGGGGAGCUAGCUCUUGCCCACAAAGCAUGCACCAUCAAAUGGUUCACUAUCAAAGGGAACAUAACGUGUGACGUGUGCAAACAAGUGGUGAAGAAUCUCCCCGUGACGCUUCUCCGUGUGGAGGAUUCUUCUUCUCAGGACCGGUCUAGGCGUACGUUAAACGAAUGGCAUGAUGUGCCGGUUCUCGUCAUUGUGAGCAUGCUUGCUUACUUCUGUUUCCUCGAGCAGCUUUUGGUGAUGGAGAUGAAGUCUAGUGCCGUUGCAGUAGCUUUGCCAUUCUCUUGCAUUAUUGGUCUUCUUGCAUCGGUUAUAUCAACAACAAUGGUGAAAAGGAGCUAUGUGUGGAUCUUUGCAACCGUUCAGUUUGGUUUAGUUGUCCUGUUCGGACAUGUUUUCUACUCAGUUCUUAAGCAGCCGGUUGUGUGCAUUGUCUUAGCCACUAUGAUCGGAUUUGGACUCACCAUGUCCGGCACAACGGCUAUUAACGAGCUUUUUAAAUGGAGGAGAAGCCAUAGUCAUCACCAGGAACCAGCAAGCACUCAGGUGGCUCCACCACAGUCUCAGACAGCAGAGUAGCUGUUUGCUGAAAGCUAGUGAUGUCUUGUUGUUUUGGUUAGUAGAAUUAGUUUUAGUUUUAGCUGAAUCCAUUUGUCAAUGUUGUUGUGAUGUAAGAGCAGUUUGAUGCUAUUUUGUGACAUCAUUUGUAGAAUAUUUUAAUUUUAAAUAUGUUUAAUUA